CUCUAACCACUGAAUGGAUCUUCUAAAUUGCUAAGGAUGAUACUAACAACUGUCAUCUUCCAGUACGCUGUCACACUGGAGCGUGCAGUUUCGUGGAGGUCGACGACCACUAUGAACCCCCUGUUGCCGAGGAGGGUAAUGCUCUACACAGACUUGCGCUGAUGAUUGAGCUUAAGCUGUGUCCUCUGAGAUACUUUGCGUUCUCUAUCACAUCGGGCUUCAACCGCGAAUGCGUUUACCGAGAUAAAGAGUACGAAAACAUCAAUGAGAUCUUUCCCAACGAUCUGGGAGCAACUCAGUCUGAUUUCAUCAAGUCUCUGGUCAUCGACAUGAUGGUCUAUCUUCCCAAGCUAAAGGAGAUGUGCAUUCUUCCCUACGGAGCGCACUUCUACCGAGGCCAGCGAAUGCUGGGCGCUGGUCCCAUCGACGUUGGGGAACUUGAAUGCCUUGUGUUGCUCCGCAGCAGAUUCCCCCAGUCACUCGAGCUCCAGCUCAUUCUCUCAUGGGGAGACCGGCAUCUUCCUCAGCUCAGCGUCGACGAGGGGUAUUUUGGCGGCUCCGAGUAUAAUUCUCUGUACAACCUUGCACUCUUGAUUGAAUCUGAGCUGCGUCAAUCACGAUAUUUAACCUUCUCUGUCACAAUGAUUUUACUGAUGACCGCUUUUCUCUUGGACUUUGAUACGGCGAGAGAUGGGGAAAAACUCAAGACUUUCAUCCUAAGUGGCAAAAGUAUUUACAUAAGUUUAGGAUAUUUUAGGAUAUCUUAUGAUGAUUUGGGAUAAACUUAGUAGAAUAUUUGGCUAUUUUAUUUUCGCCACCUGAUUUAGAGCCCUAAGUGUUCUCACCCCCUGAGGAACCUCACUUCCAGGCAUAGGCUCAAUUGACCAUGGUAAAUGCAAGGGCGAGAUAAUAUCUUAGAUGACUCACAAACAAGGUGAGCCUCUGGCAGACUUGUUUGAGGAGAUGCCAACUACAAGUACAAUUCAUUCACUCUACAACAAGAGUCUAACAUCUACUGC